AUGCGAAGAAUCGAGCUCAUCCGAAACACUAUUUUAGGCAGUAAUGCUGAGGAUUUAAAAAUUGAUGUCGAAAGUUGUUAUAAUUUGCUUGUGGAAGCUGAAUCUGAAGAAGACUUUGAGUUGCUGUAUUUCAAGACAUUAAACUGGUUGAUUUCUGACGAUAUGCCCAAUAGAGGACUUAGAAAACAGUCAAAGUUUUUGGCUGAAAAGAACGUAAUUGAAAUAGGACCACGCUUUACGUAUACGACACCAUUCAGUAUCAAUGCAGUUUCUGUUUGUAAAGCUGCUGGGAUAGCUGGUGUAAAGCGUGUGGAAGUUUCAAAACGUUAUUAUAUUUACUAUACAGCAAAAAACGUUGAUCAGGAGGUUCUUUUCCUGAUUCACAGUCGUCUGGCAGAGUGUGAAUAUAAUGUGGUUCCUUCCUUCACAAAGUGUCGGAGUCUAGAAAAGUGUUAUCAGAUUGACAUUUCUGCUUUGAAAGACAACCUUAAAAAUGCAUGUGAAAUGCUAGGUCUUUCCAUGGAUGACGAUGACUUAAACUACUGCUUCGAUCUCUUUCAUAAUAGGUUAAGGCGAAACCCAACUAAUGUGGAGUUGUAUGACUUAGCUUAUUCCAUCAACGCACAAAACAAGAAUAUAGGAAAACUGAUUGUUGAUGGUAAGGAACAGACAGAUUCACUGAUAGAACAAAUCCAGAAUACACAAAAUUAUUCAAAUCGAAAUAACGUUAUUGCGUUUGCAGAUGAAAGCAGUGCAAUAGUUGGAUUUCGAACACACUGCUUGAGAUCUCUAAAUCCUGCAGUUUUUGCGGAACUUGACUAUUUUCCGUGUGUCAGACAUAUUCUUCAUUCUACUGGAAUUUAUCAUUUCCCGACAGUAACUGCUACCGGCAUUGGUCAAAGGAUAGGAGACAUUUAUGCUACUGGACGAGGCGCGAAUGAAGCAGCUGGAAUUGCCGGCUAUUCCGUAGGUAAUUUACAUCUGGACGGUUACAAGCUAGAAUGGGAAGACGAUUUUACAUAUCCAUCAGAAGUACUACAAUCAAAAGAAAUACUGAAUGAGGCCAGCAGUAGUGUAAGCUACUACAGUAACAAAUUUGGAGAACCGUUAAUUUGUGGCUAUUUGAGAAGUUUUGGACAAAAACUGUCAGGUAGUUACCGUUCGGAAUACCUCAACCCCCUUAUCUUUUCCGGCGGUAUUGGAGCAGCUGAUGACAUUCAGAUCAGGAAAGUGCCGCCAGAGUCAGGAUUGUGGCUUGCAACUAUCGGUAGUUCUCCUUCCAGCGUUGGAAGAUCUGCCAUUAAUCCUGUAUCAAUUCUAGAUUACAAAGAACAUACCUGUAAUCCAAAUUAUGAUACUGUUCGGAGAGCAAACCCGGAAAUGGGACAAAAAGUGUAUCGUGUGGUUCGAGGAUGCACCGAGUUAGGUGACGAAAACCCGAUAAUGUCAGUCCGUAAUCAGGGAUCUGGUGGAAACGGAAGUGUUUUAAAAGAAGUAAUUGGUAGCAAACUUGGUGCGCUUGUUGAGGCUGACAGAUUUCAAUUGGGAGAUCCACCUUUGUCAAUUUAUGAGUUAUGGUGUAGUGAAUGUCAAGAAGGUAACACAGUAACUGUUCAUCCUGAACGCAAAGCUGUUCUCGAAAUCAUUGCCAAACGUGAACGGUGUGACGUAUCUUUCAUUGGUCAGACAAAUAAUUCAAAGAUGAUUACACUACUUGAUUACAAUAACGAGAAAACUGAACAACCUCCAUUCAAUAUACCGAGGGAUUUAGCUAGCAAACCUUUGAAGCGUUUUUCCUUGACUUCGAUUAAAGACUCUUCUAAAGCUUUGAAAAUACCCUGUGAACUAACCGUUAUGGAAGCAUUAUCGCUUGUCUUAAGGUUACCUUCGGUUUCAUCCAAACGUUUUCUCACAAACAAGGUCGAUCGUUCUGUGACGGGUCUUAUAGCUCGACAGCAGUGCGUUGGACCCCUAGAAACUCCUUUGGCGGAUGUUGCAGUUGUUGCUUUGUCAUACUGGGAUAAAGUAGGUGGUGCUGUCGCGAUAGGAGAACAGCCACUGAAAGGUUUGAUCAGUCCAGAAGCUGGCGCACGCAUGUCGCUCGCAGAAGCGCUUACCAACUUAAUUUUUGCUCCAAUCACAGAAAGAAGGGAUAUUAAAUGCAGUGGUAAUUGGAUGUGGGCGGCAAAGGCGCGCGGUGAAGGGGCACAUUUGGUAAGAGCCUGUAAGGCGCUUUGUGAAGCUAUGAAGGAAGUUGAAGUUCGGAGUGAAAAAGUGAAAGUUCCCGGUACUGUUGUUGUUAGUGUCUAUGCGCCAUGUGUAGACAUAACUAAAGUCGUUACCCCUGAUUUAAAAGGCUCUUCAGAUGAUAUGCCAACGCACUUAUUAUAUAUACGCUUCGGUAACGACGGUUUUCCCAACAGAUUAGGAGGGUCUGCUUUAGCUCAGUGUCUAAGCCAAAUCGGAGACGUCCCUAGUGAUGUUGAUGACUUCGCACUGUUCUCGAGAGCUUUCGACAUAGUCCAGAAACUCAUAAAAGAGGACCGAAUUCUAUCCGGUCACGAUGUCAGUGAUGGAGGUUUAAUAACAUGUGUUUUGGAAAUGGCAAUGGCGGGGAACCGCACGACAGUACUGCAGAUUAUAACGCCGUCAGGUGUUUUGGAAACUCUUUUUGCUGAAGAAGCUGGAAUAAUAGUUGAAGUGACGGAUGAAGAGGUUGAAGACAUCAAGAACAUUUUAACCAGUGCAAAUGUUUUAGCUGAGGACAUUGGAUUUGUCACUAAUGAAAGCGGCUCUGAUGCUAAGGUCAUAGUUACACUGAAUUUUACGGAAGUAUUACAUGAACCACUUUGGAAAUUACGCGCAAUUUGGGAGGAAACAAGUCAGCAACUUGAACGUUUACAAACUGAGGAAGGAUGUGUCGCGGAACAAGGCCUAUGGUUGAAUGAAGCAAAAAAUCCAGUAUAUAAGGCAGAUUUUGACUACUCACCGCGCAGGAUAGAUUUCAAAGCCCAAAAAAUGUUUAAAGUUUAUUCGGUUGCUAUAGUUCGUGAAGAAGGGAGUAGUGGAGACCGUGAAAUGGCAGCUGCCUUCUAUUUGGCUGGUUUUGCAGUAUUUGAUGUAAAUAUGGAAGAUUUUCUGGAUUCUCGAUUUUCUUUAUCAUUUUUCAACGGGAUUGUUUUUGUGGGAGGAUCUGCCUACGCUGAUUUUUUUGGUGCCGCAAAGGGCUGGGCUAGUUUAAUAAUGCAUCACGAAAAUGUUUUAAAUGAGAUUGAGCUAUUCUUGAAGCGCCGGGAUGCAUUUUCACUAGGAGUGGGCAAUGGGUGUCAGCUGAUGAUGAUUCUUGGUUGGGUUGGUCGCACUGAAGCCGAGAAGGGCAAGACAGUCCAACUGAAACAGAACAAGUGCGGACGUUUCCAGAGUUCAUUUACCUCAGUCGCAAUAACCAGAUCUGAAUCUAUAUUUCUCAAAGGAAUGGAAGGCUCCAUACUUGGAGUAUGGUCAGCUCAUAGUGAAGGGAGGUUUUGUUUCACGAAUGACGAUGCGUUUAAUGAGCUCGAGCAGAACUGUCUGCUACCACUUCGGUACUGCGAUGUAAAUGGGAGACCGACAACAAGGUUCCCUCAGAACCCUAACGGAAGCACAAAGGAAGUCCAGAUUGACCACAGUAUAUUGACCAUUAAUGGUUCACAGGGAUCAGAUAAAUUUACAUCUUUUGUGACUUUUCUGUAUUUCAGAAAUUUGAUAUUAAAAGCACGUAAUCUGCCCAUGAAAGGAGUUGCUGGAAUUUCUUCACUGGACGGGCGCCAUCUAGCGAUCAUGCCACAUCCUGAACGUUCAUUCCUGUCGUGGCAGUGGCCGUAUUAUCCGAAGGAAUGGAAAAGAAAUCAUUUCAAUGCCUCACCCUGGAAUGAGAAUUACGUUUAUACGAACUCUCCAUGGAUGCGCAUGUUUUUAAAUGCCUUUGAUUGGACGCGUCACGUUACUAGUAUAUGA